UUUUCAGAGCGCCUUCUGUGUGCCAGGCAUCACGCCAAAGGGGCUGAAAACAGACUUGGUCGCUGGCCUCCAACACUCAUAUUCUACCACGGAAGCCAGACAGAACACAAUAAAAUACAAUAAUGAUCUCUGAGGAUGGCAAGUUGUGUGAAGAUAAUGAAGUAAGAUGCUGUCAUAGAGAUGCCCCCCGGGAAGGUGGCUAAGGCAGACCAACGAUCAGAGGAGACCCCUCUGAGCCGGUGACCUUAAAACCGAAACCAGAAGGAGGGGAAGACAGUCAUUCCAGAAUUUGAGGGAAGGGCAUGCCAGGUGGAGGGAGAGCCAAGUCUCUGAGGUAGGGAUGGGGGUGGCACCCAGGAGGCCAGCGUGGUUGAAGUGGAGAGGCCCUGGGGGAGCGUGGGAGGAGGCUAGAUUGGCAAGGGCCAGGCCAUUUUGGGCAGUGGGGAGCCAUGGAAGAAUUAGGAGGUGAGGGAGUGACACAGUGUAUUGGCUUUGUGAAUUAAACAGCUCCCCCUGGUAGCUACACGGAGAACCGCAGUGUAGGGCGCUCCUGACGGCUUAAGGAAAACCAAAAGUAGGGGUGGGGGCACUACCCUAGGGCCAAUGGCAGGGAUCAGUGAGUGACAGUGGGACUGUUAUGUUAGCACAGGGCCUGCCUCAGUGGAACUUGGAGGAGGGGCUCCUGGAAGCCGCUGAGGCUUUCCCUGUCCUUCCUCUCUUCUAAUCUCCCACGAAACAGUCUUGGUCUAUCUUCCCUUCCCUCCAAACCCUGUCACUUGUCCCUCUCAUUGCAUUUCAGGCCUGGCCAUUCCCUGGCUGUGACCAGGGAAUGGUAACCAGUGACCUCUUACUGAGCCUCUGGGAAGAAGUUAGGACGGCCUUGGUGAAGCUCUGACAGCCCCAUGGCCCUGGCGGGCCACUGAGCCCCACCAUGGGCAGCCUGUAUUCAGAGUACCUAAGCCCCAGCAAGGUGCGGGAACACUACAAUUACACCAAGGAGACUCUGGACACUCAGGAGACGCCCUCCCGCCAGGUGGCCUUGGCCAUCAUCAUCAUCCUCUGCUUCGCCAUCGUGGUGGAGAACCUGCUGGUGCUCAUCGCGGUCGCUCGCAACAGCAAGUUCCACUCAGCCAUGUACCUGUUCCUGGGCAACCUGGCCGCCUCGGACCUGCUGGCUGGAGUGGCCUUCGUCGCCAAUACCUUGCUGUCGGGUCCGGUCACACUGGGGCUGACCCCGGUGCAGUGGUUUGCCCGAGAGGGCUCCGCCUUCAUCACACUCUCCGCUUCUGUCUUCAGCCUCCUGGCCAUCGCCAUUGAGCGGCAUGUGGCCAUUGCCAAGGUCAAGCUCUACGGCAGCGACAAGAGCUGCCGUAUGCUGCUGCUGAUCGCGGCCUCGUGGCUCAUCUCACUGGCUCUCGGCGGCCUGCCCAUCCUUGGGUGGAACUGCCUGGGCCAUCUCGAGGCCUGCUCCACUGUUCUGCCGCUCUACACCAAGCACUACGUGCUCUGUGUGGUCACCAUCUUCUCCGUCAUCUUACUGGCCAUCGUCGCUCUGUAUGUCCGCAUCUACUGCGUGGUCCGCUCCAGCCACGCCGAUGUGGCGGGCCCCCAGACGCUGGCCCUGCUCAAGACGGUCACCAUCGUGCUGGGUGUCUUCAUUGUCUGCUGGCUGCCGGCCUUUAGCAUCCUGCUCCUGGACUAUGCCUGCCCCGUCCGGUCCUGCCCUGUCCUCUACAAGGCCCACUACUUCUUUGCCUUUGCCACUCUGAACUCGCUGCUCAACCCCGUCAUCUACACGUGGCGCAGCCGGGACCUGCGGCGGGAGGUGCUGCGGCCUCUGCGGUGCUGCAGGCGGGCGGCGGGGGUUCAAGGACGGCGGGGUGGGACCCCGGGCCAUCGGCUCCUGCCUCUCCGCAGCUCCAGCUCUCUGGAGAGGGGCACGCACAUGCCUACGUCGCCCACGUUUCUGGAGGGCAACACGGUGGUCUGAGGGGCAAAUAGGCCCCCAGGCCAUAGCACAGGGCUCUGUGAGCUGUCUCCCUGGACAGAGAGGGGGCUGCGAAGCCAGAUGCCCGUACACCACAGACCUGGGUGACAUUGAAACUAUUUCACCCUGCGCUCGGCCCACUGAGACCCCCACCCGGCAGAUGGCAGAGCUCCAGUGGGGUCAGAGGCUAGUGCAGUAACUAAUGUGACCGCUUUAAGAACCAGAUCAAGGGGAGGCCCCAGGGGACCUGGAAGGGGCCUAGGGUGACACAGCAGGCAAGCACUCAGGUGACACGGCAGGUGGCACUCCAGGGCAGGGGAGCUCAGGGCAGGAACAAUUCACAACCCGAUACAAGGGAUUUCAACAUUUCACGACUCUCUGACCCUCUGCCCUGCAUGGAACUUCCCUCUCUGAAUCCAGCCCCGCUGUCACCUUUUCCUGACAACCUUAAGCCACUUCCCCACAACCACUGUUCCCAAAGGGCUGGAGGCCUCCUCCCUGACUGUCCUGGGCGGCCCCAGCUGACAGUUGCAAGGCCCCAGUCCACAGCUUCCCCAAAUUUCACCAGCUGCCCACUUUGGCGGCUUCUUCCCUUUCCUCUGUCUCUCCACGCGAUGCUGGCAAACCACAGGGUUGGGGGUAGAUGCUGGAUGCUAUUCUCAGACCUCAUUGGCCAAUUGCACUAUUUGGGGCACAAAGGAGUCACCAAGGGCUGGAAAAACUGGUCUGGGGGGCUGAGGAGGGCUCUGGGCCUCCUGGUGGGAAAGGGUGGAACUUGAGAAGGUUCUAGGGGAGCUGUUGGCAGAGGACCCCCAUUCCUAAAAACCACCACCCUGCCCAAGGUACUCCCACCUCCAGCGCAGCCAGGGUAACCAGAUCUCCUGAGGCAGGGCAGCCUUGAGCCCGCUGUGCCUCCUUUCAAGUUGCAUUGUAUGGAGAAACAUGGGGGCCAAGGACGAUGAUUGUGGGGUGCUCCCUUCUCGCCUGCCCCAGAAGGACUUCGCUAAAUUCCAUGGAUAAAUGGAAGGGAUGUUGCGGUACAAAUAUAUAUUUAUGUGUGUCUGUGUGUGUGUGUGUGUGUGUGUGUGUGUGUGAUGCGUGUGACCUCCUCUCCCCACUGUGCUCCCCCAGAAUGGAUGCUGUUGUUGUCUCACGUCUGUGUUGAAGCUGCCAAAGAGGGGUCGGCCCCCGCACAGACCCCUUUGUAAUUGCUGGCUCAUCUCCCCACUUGAGAGCUGGGGUACAGCUCGCCUCGGGGAAGGAAACCUCAUGCCUCAAAGCAAUUUCUUGUGAAUGCAAAGGCUGGGGAAGAGGGUGUUGGGGGGCAAGGAGCCAGUCGGGGGCCUGGCUCCCCCCAUACAGCUCCCCAGAUGCCCCUCGUGCCUGAGACCCGGACCCAGGCCAAUAAACGGUUCAAUUCCUC